AUGACCCCAGAACAGCUAAAACCUUCCUAUGAGAAAGUUCAGGCCGAUCUCGAAGCAGCUAGGGAAUCUAAUGAGCGUCUUAGCAAGGAAAAAGAAGCGUCAGACUCCGAUGCAGCCGCUCUCCGCCAACAAUUGGAAUCCGCCCAAAGCAAUCGUCGUCGCCGGCCAAGGCAGCUAGGCCUGAUUCCUAUAAUGCCGUCGCUGGAUGUCAUUGAGUCCCCCCAUGAUACUGAUACUGAAUCCACUGACGGAGAAAUGAACGUGGACCCCCCUGUUAGGAAUGCUGGGCAAGGGACCAUUCGGACUUCAGGCGACGAUCAAGGUAGCCCGCAACCCGACCAGACGGAAAUCCUGCUCCAGAGGCUGGUUGCCUUAGAAAAGCAGAACUCUAAGGUCCUGUCAAUGAUGAAAAAGAUGCCCGUCGUGCCGAUCCCCGUCCAACGAGAAGCUCCAGAUGGAUUCGCAGCUACCCCUUUCCGCAACGAGUUGGCCCUGACCCGAAUUCCCAGAAGAUUGUCGCUCCUAACUUUUACAUCGCUAUAUGACGGAACGACCUGUCCAGAGCAGCAUGUCGAGUACUACAAGCAGAAAAUGUGGCAAGCUUCGAUCCCGUUCGAGUUCUGGGAAGCAUGCAUGUGCAAGUCAUUUGGUGCGACGCUGACAGGCCCCGCCCUCAAGUGGCUCGGCAAACUUGAACCAGGUAGUAUAACUAGUUUUGCUAGGUUAGUUAACAAAUUCUGUUCCCAUUUUGAAAGUAGCAGGCAGUUCCACAAGCAGACGAGCGAUCUGUAUCGGAUCGUCCAGGGUCCUAAGGAGACCAUCAGAGCUUAUUGGUCUCGGUUCAACAAAGAUAAAGUCUCAAUCAAGAAUGUCGACAAUAGGACUGCCAUUGAAGCCUUCCUCCGCAGACUGCAUACGUACUCGGACCUGUAUAAAGAUAUGGUCAAAUAUCCAUGCUCAACAUUUGAAGAAGUCCGGACCAGAGCCGUGGCUCAAAUGCGCUUCGACGAAGAUAUCGCCAAUCGCAGUUCCUACCCAAGUUCCAGGAGUUUGUCUAAUCGAAAGGCCGCAAGCAACCCAAGAGGAUCGUGGCGGCAUCAGCCUUAUGAGGCAACAGGUAGAUCACGCUGUGUUAAUGCUGUGCAGGUAGAAGAUAUCCUCGACGCCCCCCAAUACCCCGAGAUAUCGGAAAUGGCUUCGACGUGA